UCUUCGGUCUCUCCCAGCAGAAAAUAAUAAAAGGAAAGAAACAGAAACCAGAGCAGCGGCCGGCCGAUAACCCCUGCUGCCCGUCUCCCUCGCUCCACGACGGGCCGGCGGAUCUGGGACUGGGAGACGCGGCUGCGCUGGCGGCGGUCCGUUGGUUGGUGGCGGACCGGCAGAGCCUCAGCGACCAUCGAUUGGAGGCGAGGGGAUUGGGGGCGAGGAAUCGACGGCGAAAACAGAGGGACGAUCGGCGCGGCGGAGAUCGAUCGGGGGCCAGCAGCAGCACCUCAGAUCAGAAGCUGCGAUCCGCAAAACUAAGAAAGGCCUGUUGUGUUUGUGCCUCCGCCAUGUCUGAACAUCAAGGUUGGGCAGAUCUACCAAAUGUCCUGCUUCAUUCCGUUAUUGCUAUGGCAGGCUCCUUCUCCGACCUCCUUGCCUUCGCUUGCACCUGCCGCUCUUGGCGUGAGGCCUUCUUCUCUUUUCCAUCAAAGUCUGCCUCCUCGACGAUCUUCCCGCCUGUGCUCCUGCAACCUGAUGUCCCCGGCCGCUCUCCAUGUCACCACCCCUUUGGUGAUAAACGUUCAUGUCAAUUCAUUGAUCCAGCCAGCCAACACUCACGCCUUUGUUGUCAGAUUCCCCUAGUUAACUUUUCUCAUUACCCCCAGAGUCCUCUGGGUAGCUUUUGCUUCCUGGGUGCUUCUUAUGGCCAUCUCAUCUUCUCCAGAAACAGAUCGUGUCUCGUUGUUGAUGCGUUUACAGGUGUUAGUUUUUCACCACCACAGAUUCCGGGUGACGAAUUCACCGAGGUCUACUACGGUGCCCUCACGGCUCCUCUAGCGUCACCCAACCCACAUCUCCUUGUCACCAAUGGAUCUCACAGUUACUUUUGGCGUCUUGGUAGUCACUCUUGGUUGAGAGCUUGUCCUUGCGAUGGAACGGUCAAGCAGAUCGUCACCUUCAAAGGCCAGGUCUUUGGCAUGGACUCUGGUGGCACGCUCUUUGUUGUGCACUUGGCGCCUCGGAUUCGCGUGCGAAUGAUGGGAGUCAGUUGGGGGGAAAUCUCCAUGCGUCAUCUUGCCAACCUAUACCUGGUUGCCUGUGGCGAUAUGCUUCUCUUGGUCGGGUGUCGGGGGUCGUUUCCGGCAAGAGGGGAUACCUUCGAAGUCUUCCGCCUCGACCAAUCGACUGAACAUGCAAAGUGGGUGAAGGUGGAGGAGUUGGAGAAUUGCGCGAUCUUCAUCAGCACGGACAAGAGAAGCCAGCCAUUAUCCUUCAUGGACCCAGAAAGGUGGGGAGGGAGGAGCAACUGCGUGUACUAUUAUUCCCAUGAUUCUGAACACUGGGCUGCAUUUGAGUUGGGAAAGCCUGCCUCCAGCCGAAACAGCUUUGUUUUCAUAAGCUCUAGCAAUGUAGUGCAACCUAUGUGGGUUGUCCCUAGCAUGUUCUCCCAGUGCCGUGAUGGUUGAUGAUGUUAAUGCAUUCCUUGUUUUAGGCAUUGGCUAUUCUGCUGGCUGGAGCAACUUCCGCUGCAAGAGUGUGUAAGAAUGUUCUGAAACAUCGAUAGGGAUAAUUAUGUAAUUAUGCUUAUCAUUACUUGCUGGUAUAAUUGGAGUAUGGCAAAUAUUUUGUACUCAAUUUAUUGCCUGAUGGUUCACAAUUCAUGGCAGUGUUGUGAGGCACUAAUGCUCUGUUUAUCUUUGAGCCA